AUGAGCAAAUAUGUUUGUCGCAAAUCAAAUUAAUUGCCAGUACCUAGUAGCUCAGUCAAAAGCAUCAUCGAUUUACUGUAAGAAAAUGUCGAAGAGCUUUAGAGCUGGACGAAUGUGUAAUCAAAUUAAUUUUCAUGGCUACCAAUUUGCUUGAGAAAUGAAGCCAAUGGUUUAAAAUUUGAAGUUGAGACUGACUAAAAGAUGUUUAGUUUUUCCAAAAAAAGAGGGAACUUUUUAUGGCAUAAAAACAUAAAUCUACCUCCUAUUUAGAUUUCUAAUUUGCAGAAAUCAAAUGAGAUCAAUAUAAAUGAACUUAUGGCCUUUUGUAUCAGCGUAAAGGGCAUUGACUGUGGCGUGAUUAGACAAGUUGACCUUUGUGGAAGUGGUGGAAAUAUAAAGAGCUUCAAGCAUAAGAAAAUUGUAUUUAACCAUUUGAGGAUUGAAGAAACAUCAUACAAUAAUAAAGAAAUCGGAGGAUUAUUCUACUUAGUAAUUGUCAUAUUUUCUUCCACCGAUAGUGCCUAACUCAAAAUGCAGAUAGAAAAUAAUGGAAAGAAGCAAAUAAACAAAAGUUUGUUGCAAAUGACUCCAUUAUAAAUUAUAGUUUCAUCUCCUCUACAUGUCGAAGCUAGGAAGAAAUCAUAUUAACAUAGAUCUACGCAUUACUCUCUCAUAGACCCUUUUUUGCCGGAUUUUCUCUUUAGAAAGCUUUGCGUGUCGAAUCAGAAGGUGGGAGAGUAUCACGAGAUUAAAGACACCUCGGAAGACAUUUAUUUGUAUUUCACCGCCUAAAAUAUCAGACACAAGAUUCUUCACCCUUUCUUUCUUCGACUCAAAUUCCCAAAAGUGAUUCAUCUGUAUUAUAAUCAAAAAAUAAUCCCUGGUUCACCAAAUAUCAAAGAUCUACUCUUCUCUAUCCAGCAGUAACUCUACAAGUUUUAUUAUGAAAAUACCCUUUAGUAAUCCCUCUAGAAGCAAAAGGAUUAAAAAUAUGGAUAAGAAAAUAUCUCUGUAGAAAGUCCUAGGUGCUAUGAGCAAUAAGAAGAAAAUGAGGAAAUGGGGGAAAAGCCUCAAGCCUACACCUUCCUAGAGGAAGAAGCAUUUGAAGAUAUUGAAGAUUCUGCUUCAAAAUUUUAAGAAAGAUAAGAAUAAGUGUUUGGAAACAAGCUUUUAAUACUUCAGAUAAUGAUACCUGUAGAGAGACAAAACUUAACUAAAAUAAAUAAGAUAGAGUAGUUCCUUUAACUAAUUAAAAGCAAAGCUGUAGGCUUUACAUUCUACAGCUAAUACAUCCCUUCUCACUUCGCUCCAAUAGAUUCUAAAGAAGAAACCAAACUGGCAUACACAUAAAUAUAUAAUUAAUUAAGUUCUAUUAAGUUCAAUAUGUUCUUCGGUGGCAAUAAAUCUAUUCAUUCUCACAUUAGAGUCCAGAAAAAAGGCGAUAUACCAAGAGAUGCCACUAUCCAAGCUGUAGACUAAGAUACAGAUGGUCCCUUCCAUCAAUCCAUUUAUUCUCUUGACGUUGAAAAUCCUGAAAUCAGAAAAACUCUCAUCAAGGUCAAAGCUGUAAAGCCUCUCGCCAACCUCCCUGAACAGGAAGCUAACUAUCAAAUCGCUAACGUGAAGCCAUUGCACAAAAUCGAAAAAGAUCUGCUUGCGUUAGCCGAUGCAUAUGUGAGAGGUAGUCCUAAUUAUAUGAUAUUUUACAACUUUGAUUAAUCUGAUGAUACAGAAGAUACUAUUUGA